AUGUCUCCGCGCCUCGUGGUUGUUAUUGGAGCCACCGGCUCGCAGGGAGGGUCCGUCGCAAGGGAGCUCCUCAAGAGCCCGCAGCUCUAUCAAGUCAGGGCUGUGACCCGCGACCCCAGUAAGCCAGCAGCCCAGGAGCUCGCCACCCUCGGAGCAGAGAUCCAAGCCGCCGAUCUGGGUGACGGGGUUGAGGCGCUUACGGCGGUCUUUGCCGGCGCCGAUACGGUCUUUGCGUUGACGGACUUUUGGGCAACACAGUCCUCCGAGGUCGAGAUUGCGCAAGGUCGUGCCAUUGUGGAUGCAGCGGCCCGCACGUCGACCCUUCAGCACUUUGUGUGGAGUGCGCUGCCUGACCCCGAGAAACUCUCUGGCGGAGCGCUGCUGCAUAUCCACCACUGGAAGGGUAAGAGUCUCGUCACGGACUAUAUCCAGCAACAGCAUCCAAACCUGUGGGCCGCGACCACUACCGUGCUCUUCCCAAACUAUUUCGAAAAUUGCCUGACGCACCCCGAGCGGUAUCUGUCUAAGCCGGAUGCGCAAGGAGUGUACAACAUGAGCUUUCCGCAUGGCCCGCUCACGGUCAUGCCGAACGUGUCGAUUCGAGAUACUGGAAAGCUGGUCCGGCUGGUCCUUGAGUCUGGCUCCACUUACUUCACCCGCACCAUUGCGUUCUAUGGUCAAGCUCUCUCGGAGGCAGACAAGUUGGCUUCAAUCGGUAGAAAGUAUAACCUCCAAACCAAAUAUCAGACCUUGGACCCGGACGAUUAUCAGCGACUUCUGGAGACUCGGGACGGCAUGUCUCCCGAGAUUGCACUGGAUUUCACCGAGCAGCUCCUCAUGUUCGAGAGGUUCGGCAAUGUCUACGACACACCCGAGUUUGUGCAAGCUAAAGAGAUACCUGGAUUAAAACUUCAAACCUGGGAUGAAUUCCUGGCAGAGCAUGAUCUUCUUGCCUACAUGAAAAAGGUCUGA